CUACCCUUGGAGACCAUGUCGCGUGCAGGAAGCUCAGAAUCAAAGUCUUUCUGGCGACGGCCUAAGCCGCCAUCUCAGUCUUUCAAUACAGCAGGGAACGUUAAGAAGUCUCCUAUUUCUAUCUGGCCAAGCAGCAACGAGCGGCGUCAACCUGGUUCACCGUUAACACCUCAACCACGCGUUGCACCUACUCGGCGAACUCGUCAUGCUAGAUCCUGUAGCCCGCAGCCCACGACGUCUGACGACGAAGACGAAGAAGUGCGUCUGUUCCUUGGGGUUCGCCAACGAGACAGACACUCUCCUACUUCCCCUGCAAGUUCUUGUGGUGGAUCGCCGAGGCUCACUCCGCAUUCGUCUAGUCCAUCGUCUCCAUUGCUCGGCGGUGUUGGUGGAUUCAAAAAGACAGAGAGCGGUGAGCGAAAAAGAGAACUGUCGAGAUCACCUGUGACAGUAAUCAGCAGUACGGCAGUAGAAACGGUGCCUGUUGCAACUUUAAGGCAGCCAUCGCCGGUUUUAUGGCAGGGACAGCGCAAGGAACAGCAGUGUUCCAAAGCGCUGGAGGCCUCCUCGCCUUCGUGGGGACGUCACACGGUUCAAAGUCAGAGCGAUUGCGCUGCAACUGUAAGAAAUACUAUUCCAAAUGCCACUUCGACUUCCACAAAACACGACAACUGUGUGCGGACAGGAAGAGUUUUUCCAACGAAAACGUUACUCUCUGACAGCAAACACUGGCUACAGCCAGUUGCCAAGGAACUGUCCAACGUAGCCAUUGGGGCGAAUAUCACGGGCGCUACACCUGCUACUGCCCUACAGACAGCAGGUACAAUUUUGUGUGUGAACAAGGACCCUUACGAAGGGAGCGGUGCUAAGCCUAAGCAACCAACGCAGGCACAGGGAAACAGCAAAGCGCUCAAGCAGACUGCCAGGUCACCACAAGGGCAAUGUUCGCCAUCACUCCUACCACUUCCAAGCUGUCCGUACUGCCAUUCGGGAUUAAUGGACGUAGAUUGCUCGUUCUGUGGCAGGGUUUCUGGUUUAUUGCGGGACAUUUCUCGGCACAGAUGCGAUUCACUUCCAGAAGCUGACGCACAGAAAGACCCCGCGAAAUCGCUGCUUCGAAGGUCAGCGUCACAACGCUCUUCGGAAUGCCGUUACAAUUGGCCGUUGACAAGCGGCGCUCAGUGGGUUCAAGCAACAUGUGGACAGUUGUCGUGGAGCCUUAGUAAUUCGGGAGUUCUAGUACAUGAAGUAGACGAAGGACAACCGUGCCUUACUUGCAAGGAGAAAUGUCCAGGAUUCAGUCCUCAUCUAUGGAGGAAAGUGUGCAAUAACUGCAAGUGCCCCCGAGAGUCCCACGAUGUGUACCACGAAGAGUUCGUUAACGUUCGGGACCGCAUCGGCAUCAAGUGCGACCCUUCCAAACACAUUUCGAAGGAGAAGACGUUACGAGAAGGGUACUCCUGGGUACCACCAGGCCUGUCCAGCUCCAAAAUUGAAGAGUACUUCGCACAACUACCCAAUCACAAAGUCCCAAGGCUGGGUACGCCAGGAGAAAAGUACAGGGACAAACAGCUCAUCGUUCAACUGCCCAAGCAGGACUUGGCCCUCGCCUAUUGCAAGUUCCUCGAACAGGAGUACCACCGCGCAUUCGAAGACUUCGUCAACAUAAGGAACGAAAUAGCCCUCGAUAUUGGCUACGUCAGGGAUGCCCUUGAUGCCACGCUGGACUGCCUCAAGUGCAGCGGAGCUCUACCGAAAGGAGAAGUUGCUGUCAUUGCCCCAAAGUUCGGCGAGCUGGCAGCCUGGCAUCCAGCAUGCUUCACAUGUUUCGUGUGCGGGGAACUCCUGGUGGACCUCACCUACUGCGCCAAAGACGGUCGUCUCUACUGCGAGCGACACUAUGCGGAGACACUCAAGCCCCGCUGUGCGGCUUGUGAUGAGCUCAUUUUUUCGGGCGAGUACACGAAGGCCAUGAACAAGGACUGGCAUUCUGGCCACUUCUGUUGUUGGCAAUGCGACGACUCCCUAACGGGACAGCGAUAUGUGCUCCGGGAUGAACAUCCUUACUGCGUUCGCUGCUACGAACAGGUGUUCGCGAACUCAUGCGACGAGUGCAACAAAGUCAUAGGCAUCGACUCCAAGGAUCUGUCAUACAAGGAGAAACACUGGCACGAGUCCUGCUUUCUGUGUAACAAGUGCCGGGUAUCUCUGGUCGACAAACCGUUCGGGUCCAAGGCAGAACGAGUGUAUUGUGCCAACUGCUACGACGCCGCUUUCGCCUCCCGUUGCGAUGGAUGCAGUGAUGUCUUCCGUGCUGGCACCAAGAAGAUGGAGUACAAGGGCCACCAGUGGCACGAUAAGUGCUUCUGCUGCUGCGUCUGCAGGAACCCCAUUGGAACUCGUAGCUUCAUCCCUCGGGAAAACGACGUCUAUUGCACCACCUGCUACGAAGAGAAGUUUGCGACACGAUGUGUCAAGUGCAACCAGAUUAUCACCACUGGUGGCGUGACGUACCGCAACGACCCCUGGCACCGUGAGUGCUUCACGUGCACCAACUGCGACGCUUCUCUGGCUGGGCAACGGUUCACGUCACGUGAUGAGAAACCCUACUGUGCCGAAUGCUUUGGAGAACUCUUCGCCAAGAGAUGCACUGCCUGUUCCAAGCCAAUAACAGGUAUCGGCGGCACCCGCUUCAUCUCUUUUGAAGAUCGUAACUGGCACAACGACUGCUUCUUCUGCGCCAUGUGCAAUAACUCUCUGGUCGGCAAGGGUUUCAUCACCGAUGGACCCGAUGUCCUCUGUCCCGAAUGCGCCAGGCAGAAGCUGAUGUAAGACUGUACCGCAACAUGCAGGAACACGACCAGACGCCUGGCCGACGAGGAAAGUGCGGCUGUCAGCAUAAACGGCUGCCACUUGUCCUUUCCUCACGAAGCUUCUUCCUCACGGAGCUUCUUCCACACACGAGAGAGUUAGACUGAAGAAAACGAACUGAAUCGUGGUGCUACACUUCCAAAGUUGUUUUAUAAAAACGGCAUGGUGCACUCUCGUUGCCUUUGCAGAUCAGGUUGAGACAUGUGGCAGGGUUCGUUAGCUUGCGUAGCCGAUAGUGCAAAGUUAACUUAAAAAAAAGAAAAAAAAAGAAUAUGCGUUCAUUCAUUGAGUUUCAUGUGAGGUAUUACCCCUUUGUCCGUUUGCAGGAGUGCUACUUAUAUGUUGACCCUUCAGUUCUUCAUAGCUCUUUGGCUUACUCUGUGAACUUCGCGACAUCGGAAGUUUACGACGAAUUACUUUAUUUAUUUUGUAAGUACUGUCUAGUGAAUAAAUAUACAUAAAGACGCCA